GAAUACAUGGGAGUUCACUGAUGUCAUGAAAUAUGGCGGAUUGUAAAAAUUUGGAUAGUGUUGUGGCAACGGACGAAAUUUUGUCCUCAAAAAGGAAUAAAUGUCUGCAAAGCAGAAAAAGAUGAGGAAACGCCAAUUCAAAUUCUAUAGAGAAAGCUGCCAAAUCCAUAUCAUCUUGCACAGCCCAUGUUAAGGAAACUUUCAUAUUGGCAAGUCAUAGCUUACACAGAACAAUCUAAACUAUUCACAGCAGAUUUGUGCCUCCUGUUUUUGUGCAGCAAAUGGAUUAUAUUAUUCGGUGAAUUAGGAAAAUUGAGAGGAGAAUUUUUAUACAUAUACCAUAUAUAUUAUUUUGCAAAAAGUUAUCAUUUAAACUGCUGGCAGCCUUUGUAACAAAUAGAAUUCACUUUUUGGUGAGUCAAACAUGGCAACAGACUCGUGGAAGAAACAUUUGAUGCGAACAAAUGGGUCUCAGGACUAUGGUAUCGGUGACCAUUACCUUUCAAAUGGUGUUCAUGUAAGACACAGGGAAACAGGUGUCAUUGAAAAACUUUGUCAAAGUUAUGGCUUUAUUGAGUGUGCUGAACAGGAUCUUCGUGUGUUCUUUCAUUACAGUCAGUACAAAGGACAUUCAAGUGAACUGGAACUUGGUGACUGUGUGGAGUUUGAAGUGACAUCAGAUUCUCGUAAGGGUAAACCAAUUGCAUGUCGAGUGGUGAAGUUGGAACAAGGCUCUGUUACAUUUGAAGAAAAGAGCGAGGAAAGAGUUGUUGGUAAAGUGGAAGUUGAGGCCAGGUUGUCGAGACACAGCUACCCCAAACAGCAGUUAUUUCGCAAUGGCGAGUCCGAAUGUGGUCGCGUUAGUUAUGAAGUGAACGGAGAAUUGUUUUUUCUUCCAUAUCAUCAAGCUGAUGUUUUAUCAAAGUCUCACAUCUACAAAGGUGAUACUGUGUCUUUUUACAUCCUGGAAAACAAAAGAAAUGGACAAUGCUGUGCCGUGGAGUUGUUGCUGCUCGAAGCUUUGCCUCCUGUUUACGUUCAAGGAAUUGUCUGCUCGCUCAAGGAAUCGUUUGGCUUCAUCGACAGAGCUGACAAAGUGAACGAGAUAUUUUUCCACUACAGUGAAUUUCUUGGGGAUAUUGGUGAUUUGUUGAUAGGAGAUGAUGUCCAGUUUGUUGUACAAAAUAGAUAUGGUAAAGAAGUUGCAGUCUCAGUGGAGCGUCUACCAGAAGGUACAGUGAAGUUUGAUGAUGUUAGCAAAGACACAUUUCAAGGCACCAUCGAGAAAGUACAUUGUCGGACAAAAAGACAGGAACCGUUAAAUGGUGUGAUAUUGUACAACACAAGCGAUGGUAGUUCACAGCUGCCAUAUUGGGAGAAAGAUGUCUUGGGGGAGUUCACCGUCUUGACUGGGGAUGUUGUUGGUUUUAAAAUUGCUACAGAUCGGCGUGAUUCUUUAAGAAGAGCAACGGAAAUUCAUCUCAUCAAGGAAGUGGAAAGCAGCAAUGGAUGCAAUGUCAGAGAAAGAGGAUUUGUUUCGGCUUUGAAAGACGGCUAUGGCUUCAUUCAAUGUUGCGAUAGAGAUACAAGAUUAUUCUUUCAUUUCAGCGAGUUGAUUGAUGCGGAACAAGAAAUCAACUUUUCCGAUGAAGUGGAGUUCAGUGUCGUCGAGGAUCACGUGUCCGGAAGGCUGAAUGCGAUUCGUGUGAGAAUCUUACCACGGGGAAACAUAACUCUCCAGCCGUCAAUGGAUGAGUGGUACGUUGGUGUGAUUGAACGUGAGUCAAUGACAUGGAUAGGAAGAAGUCCAAGAAAAGGCGAACGUGAGAGAGACAGUGAAUGUGGUUUGAUUUCUUGUUUUGUGGAUGACGAGAAAGUGACCUUGCCCUUUUUGCUUCAAACCGAAUCGGAUCUUCGUAGCGUUCCCAAUUGGCGAUCAGGUCGAGUUUCAAAUUUUGUCAGCGAAAGGACUGGUUACAAAAUGGCUGUUAAUAUUGCUGUUGUGAAACGCAAUAGUGAUGUCAAGCAUCAGGGAUUUAUCGCUACGUUGAAGGACACUUUUGGAUUUAUUGAAUACGCUGAUCACGAGAAGGAUAUUUUCUUUCGUUUUACCGAAUUUGAAGGCGAUAUCGAUGAUCUGGCAGUCGGUGACGAGGUGGAAUUUAAAACUUCUUCGAAGAGCGGGAAAGUCGCUGCUGAGAAGGUGGUGAAACUGCCCAGCGGUACAAUCGAACGAGAGUCUGUAAUAUCUGAAGUAUUCGAGGGAAGAAUCAUUCGACCGCUGCGCCGUGCAGGUCCACAGCAACCGGAAUACCAAGGUCUCAUUCAGUAUAUCGUCGACACGUCGAAUAGUUCCAACGAUUUUGACGAAGAUUCGGUUUGUGUCAUACCUUACGGCAUCACUGGUUUGUUCGACAAGAAAACUGUACUACAAUGUGGGGAAAAGGUUGAAUUUCGUAUCGGUUGUGUGGAGUCCUCUGAUAAGCAGUUUGCUGUCGAGAUCAUUGCGAAGCGAGAGCGUCUGAGAGCUGUUGUUGAGUCUGUAAAAGGAGAGUAUGGUUUUAUUGCUUACGAAACGGACGAAUCGAAAAAUGUAUUUUUCCAUACGAGCGAGGUCGUCGAUGAAGAUGUUAUUAUAAAGGCUGGUGACAGUGUUGAGUUUUCAAUCGUUCACAAUGCUCGCAAUGGUAAGAUGAGCGCGUCAAAGAUUUCUAUAGUAAGUGGAAGGCAAAGACCCGAGCGUCUCGUACGUCGAAGUAUGGGCUGCAGUGGAGAAGAUCAGUCGCUGAAAUUUACCAUAGUCCGUCAACCGUUCGGGCCUGACAAUACACGUGGCUUUAAUCACAAACGAGCUGCGGACCUUGCCGAGCAUUUCUCGAAUAUUUCCACGGAAGACCAAGAUUAGAUGAAUGUACUUUGUCGUUUGUAGGUUGGAUUCAAUGGUACUUUGGGGUUUUUUGAAGUUUUCAGUGAAUAAUUUUAUCUCUUGUCUAUUGCAUGUAAUAAUUUUCUCUCGAGUGACGUGACCACCUCCACCCCGUGGACUUUCCUUGGUAGGGGUAGUUUUUAAUGGAAAUAACGAAUUGUAUUCAUGAAUUUUGAAACAAAAACUGAAUAUUA